AUGAUAUCAAAAGCGGUUGAUCUGGUCGCUCGAAAAUUAGCUGGUUUUGAUACGGAUACAAUAGCUCGCUUAACACAAGUUUUAAGUGAAGAAGCACAAAUGAUUUCUGAAGAACUUCAACAUUCAGGUCAAAUUGUUGAUUCGGAUAUUUUAGCAGCAAAAUUAGAAGGACUUGUAGCACGAAUGAAAUAUGAAAUUCGUAAUCAGGGUCCUGAUCCAUCACCACAUGAAUUUCCUAUUUUUAAUGUUUCUCACAAUCCAAGUGCACCUUAUCCUAAUCCAAUCAAUCAUCUGUAUGACAAACGUUACAAAGAAGCUUAUUCAACUUUUAUUAAACAAAAGCAACCUCCACCUCCACCUCCACCGCCUCCUGAACCUUCAACACCAACAUCACCUAUUGCACCAUUUCCAUCAAAACCAACAAGAAAUCCCGAAAAUCCUUCACAUGGCAAUUAUCCACAAGGUCAAUAUCAACAACAAUCAAAUAAACAAACACAACAAUCGGGUAAUGUUUUUCCUACUUCUCAUCAACCUCCACAUAUAGGUUGGUCUUAUAUGAAUCCAUAUGCAACAAUGCCUCGUUCACAUGCUGCUUAUUAUCAACAACAAGUUUCGAAGCCAAUGCAAACCGUAAAAGAACAUUCAGCUACUAAUAAUAUUCCAAAAAUACGUCGUUCAUCAACAAGUGAAGAUUUACAUUCACAUGGAUUAUCUCGUUCAGCAAGUAAUGAUUCAUUAAAUUAUUUGACAGAUAGUGGUACAGAAAAAAUUCGAGUUCGUGUUAUUAAUGAUAAAUCUGCUUCAUCAUCUACAGAUCCAAACAUAAAUAAAUAUCCUAAUAAUCAGUUUAAUACAAAAAAAUCAAUAUUAAAAUCAAGCAGUGAUGAAGAUGAUGAUAAUAAUAAACAAAUGGUAACAACACGAAGAAUAUAUACGACACCAGAUACAGAAAUAGAUAGAGAAACAAUACAUGAUUUAGUCAAAGUUGUUGAUAAACAGCAAUCAAGUUCAAGACAAUCAACAGCAUCACCAAUGAAAGAACGUAUAAUUAUUAUUGAUCGACGUGGUCGAAAUACACCAGAUAAUGAUUUAAAUUCAUCUGGAAAUGAUCGAAUUCGUACAUUUGAAGUUCGUACAUCAACCACUGAAGUACCACCUUCAAUACCAUCACCGGCACCGCCUAUUACUAGUGCAACUCCAGUUCCAACGUCUACUGUAUCUUCAAAUGGAUAUGCUUUGCAACAGCCCAAUUAUUAUACAGGCCAACAAUUAUUUUAUCAACAACCGAAGAUGUAUAUGUCCGCACCAACCAAUCUAUAUCCUACCGGAACACCUUAUGUUGCAGGUGUUAAUACCUAUUAUCCAUAUGCAUAUUUUCGAUAUUAA